UUUCUUGUUCCUGAUUUCAGUGAUGGCGGCUGCUGAUCUGAGAGCUGAGCUGAGCUGCUCCAUCUGCCUGAGCAUUUAUACUGAUCCUGUAUCCCUGCCGUGUGGCCAUAACUUCUGCCAGGACUGUAUUGGGACAACAUGGGACACCCAGGAGGAAACUUUCCUUGAAAAUCCUUCCUGCCCUGAAUGUAGACAGAGAUUUAGUAGGAGACCUGAACUGACAACAGACUGGAAGCUGCGUGGCCUGGUGGAGAGAUUGUAUCCAACUGAGACAGAGCCGGGGGAGACUGGGAUCUUCUGCACCUACUGUGUCCUCUCUCCUGUACCUGCUGCUAAAUCCUGUCUCCUGUGUGAGGCUUCUCUGUGUGAUACCCACCUGAGGGGGCACAGCAAGUCAGCAGAACAUGUACUGACCCAACCCACCGACUCCUUUAUGGGGAGAAAAUGUUCUGUACAUCACAAGGUUCUGGAGUAUUACUGCUGUGAGGAGUCUGUCUGUGUCUGUGUGUCCUGCUGUCUGGCCGGAGAGCACAGGGGCCACAGGGUGGAGCUGCUGAGUGAGGCCUCUGAGAAGAAGAAAGAGACACUGAGGAAAGUUGUGGAGAAACUGAGGCCAGAGAGAGAGGAGACUGAGAGAGGAGCCCAGAGACUACAGGAGCGCAGGAGAGAAGUGGCAGAAAAAGCAGCCGGUGAGACAGAGAGAGUCACUGCCCUGUUUAGAGACAUCAGGGAACAGCUGGAAGCCCUAGAGAAGCGACUCCUGAGUGACAUCUCCAGCCAGAAAGAGAAGCUCUCACUCACACUCACUGAUCUGAUGGAGCAGCUGGAAAUAAAGAAGGACGAGCUGUCCAGGAAGAUCCGUCACAUUGAGGAGCUGUGCAACAUGGCAGAUCCACUCACUGUCCUACAGGAAUGGGAAUCACAUGGAGCUGCAGAUAAUGAGGGGGGCAGAGAGAGACAUGAUAUAAAGGUCCCUGCUGUAGGGGAUCUGGAUGUGGAUCUGAUCUCAGAGACAUUACUCACAGGCUUAGCUGCCAUUGUUACUGAGAUAAAGGAAUGGUGUUAUGAGUCUACAGACCUGUUACUGGAUAUAAACACGGCUGGGAAUCAUGUAUCUGUAUCAGGGGACAAGAAAUAUGUCUCCCACACACGUACAGACCAGCGUCACCCACAAACCCCAGAGAGAUUUCAGGUUUCUCAGACUUUAAGCAGCAGGAGUUUCCCCUCAGGGCGACAUUACUGGGAAGUGGAGGUCAGUGAAUCAGGGAACUGGGGGGUAGGGGUGGCCUAUCCCAGUAUAGAGAGGAGAGGGUAUCACUACUGCAUGGGGAUGAAUAACAAGUCCUGGUGUUUGUGGAGAUGGAGUAAUAAAUAUAAAGUGACACAUGACAGUAAAGACACACAGCUAUCACAUGUCCCUUCCUGCAGGAGAAUCAGGAUCUCAUUGGACUAUGAGGCCGGAUGUCUGUCCUUUUAUGAGCUGAGUGAGCCAAUCAGACACUUACACACCUUCACUGUCACAUUCACUGAGCCCCUUCAUGCUGCAUUCUGGGUAGGGUGGGAUAAUACCUGGGUGAGAAUCAUUAGUUAUGGCACUGCCCAACAGGAAACCCAUUGCCAGAGCUGCCCUUACUCGGCGUCAAAGCUGGCGCAAGAUGAGGAAGUGCGUGCCUGCGCACCAACAUAUUCAACGAGACGCACCAGGAGAAUUGCUUCAGCUUCAGAAUUGCUUCAGCGGUUGGACUCCUGGGGGGCUUCGAAUGUAAUUCUUGGUGGAGACAUGAACACAGUGAAUGACCCGUAUAUGGAUAAAUCAGACAAGCUUCUCCAGAAAUUCCCAUUCCUGGUGAAUGACUAUCUGUUACUGAACCAAAUUGUCCACUAUGCCACGAAAGUGUUGAGGCAUCUUUCCACGACAGAUAAAGAUAACCCAAGAGAAAGAGACUUUCACUUUCGUUUCUUGUUCCUGAUUUCAGUGAUGGCGGCUGCUGAUCUGAGAGACGAGCUGAGCUGCUCCAUCUGUACGAGCAUUUAUACUGAUCCUGUAUCCCUGCCGUGUGGCCAUAACUUCUGCCGGGUCUGUAUUGGGACAACAUGGGACACCCAGGAGGGAUCUGGGGCUUAUUCCUGCCCUGAAUGUAGAGCAGAGUAUCAGGAGCGCCCUGCCCUGUACAGGAACAGAACUCUGGGUAACAUAGCAGAGAGAUUCCUUCCAACUGAGACAGAGCCGGGGGAGACUGGGAUCUUCUGCACCUACUGUGUCCUCUCUCCUGUACCUGCUGCUAAAUCCUGUCUCCUGUGUGAGGCUUCUCUGUGUGAUACCCACCUGAGGGGGCACAGCAAGUCAGCAGAACAUGUACUGACCCAACCCACCGACUCCUUUAUGGGGAGAAAAUGUUCUGUACAUCACAAGGUUCUGGAGUAUUACUGCUGUGAGGAGUCUGUCUGUGUCUGUGUGUCCUUGUCUGAGCACAGGGACCACAGGGUGGAGCUGCUGAGUGAGGCCUCUGAGAAGAAGAAAGAGACACUGAGGAAAGUUCUGGAGAAACUGAGGCCAGAGAGAGAGGAGACUGAGAGAGGAGCCCAGAGACUGCAGGAGCGCAGGAGAGAAGUGGCAGAAAAAGCAGCCGGUGAGACAGAGAGAGUCACUGCCCUGUUUAGAGACAUCAGGGAACAGCUGGAAGCCCUAGAGAAGCGACUCCUGAGUGACAUCUCCAGCCAGAAAGAGAAGCUCUCACUCACACUCACUGAUCUGAUGGAGCAGCUGGAAAUAAAGAAGGACGAGCUGUCCAGGAAGAUCCGUCACAUUGAGGAGCUGUGCAACAUGGCAGAUCCACUCACUGUCCUACAGGAACGGGAAUCACAUGGAGCUGCAGAUAAUGAGGGGGGCAGAGAGAGACAUGAUAUAAAGGUCCCUGCUGUAGGGGAUCUGGAUGUGGAUCUGAUCUCAGAGACAUUACUCACAGGCUUAGCUGCCAUUGGGACUGGGGUAAAGGGAAGGAUCUAUGAGCAGGAGGCUACAGACCUGUUACUGGAUAUAAACACGGCUGGGGAUCUUGUAUCUGUAUCAGGGGACAGGAAAUCUGCUUCCUACUCACUCACAGACCAGCGUCUCCCACAAACCCCAGAGAGAUUUCAGGAUUAUUCUCAGACUUUAAGCAGCAGGAGUUUCCCCUCAGGGCGACAUUACUGGGAAGUGGAGGUCAGUGAAUCAGGGAACUGGGGGGUUGGGGUGGCCUAUCCCAGUAUAGAGAGGAGAGGGGGUCAGUCCUGGAUUGGGAAUAAUAACAAAUCCUGGUGUUUGUGGAGAUUAAAUAAUAACUAUACAGUGAGACAUGACAGUAAAUGGACAGAUUUACCCCACGUUCCUUCCUGCAGGAGAAUCAGGAUCUCACUGGACUAUGAGGCCGGACGUCUGUCCUUUUAUGAGCUGAGUGAGCCAAUCAGACACUUACACACCUUCACUGCCACAUUCACUGAGCCCCUUCAUGCUGCAUUCUGGGUAUGGGGGGAUAAUACCUGGGUGAGAAUCAUUAGUUAGGAAGCCCAUUCCCAGAAUUGCCCGUAUCCCAGUGAUGCCAAAAAAGGAAGAAAAUGUUGGUGCCAUGUUAAUGAUGGACAGUCUCCUUUAUCGAAGACUUUGUGGGUAUUUUAACUAAGUGGGGCAAUUAUGUGCAAUUAUUGAAGUUUGAUUAUUGGAACAAUAUUGCUCAGGACUUGGGGGUUUUCUUGGUGCUGAACUGUAUAUCUCUGUAUAUCACUUUAUAUAAAGCUCAGUACUUAAUUCAGUUGUUAUGUGUGUGAGUGUUUAAAGGGCACCUGCUGGGCAAAAAUAUUUUCCUAACCAAAAGGUACAGGCCAAUAGAGCCCACACUCCAGCUGGGGGUAACAGUAGGGUGUGUUUUUUAAAAAAAUUUGCCCCUCCAGCGCUAGGUGUUUCAUACCUGAAAGGAGCUCCUAGUGUGAGCAGCCAUGUUAUACAGAACACAUGCACAUGAUGAGCUUUGUCUGUGCCCAAUAUGGCCACUCAAACCCUCCUGGUGCUGGCGGGGGGGACUUAAAAAAAAAAAAAAAAUUACUAUUACCCCAACUGUGCGGGCUCUAUUAGUCUGUACCUGUGAUUGGGGAAAACAUUUUUGACCAGCAGGUGCCCUUUAAGUGUGUGUGAGGGAGUGUGUUAAUGUGUGAGUGUGAGUCUUUGCACGCUUGUGAGCGUGUCCAUGUGAGCAUGUGGGGGUUCAUGUGUAUAAGUGUGUUAGUGUGUGUGUAUCAGUGUGUGUGAGUGUGAGUGUACAUGGGUGAGUUUAUGUUAGAGUGUGCAGGUGUUUGAGUGUGUAUGAGUGGUUGUGAGUUAUUGCUCAUUAGCUUUUCAUCACAAGGAUUAAUUACAAAUCCUGCAUAUAUAAUUAAUUAAUAAUACAAUUCAAAGUCCCCCAGUUUAUGACUCUGGCCCAUUUAGUGACUACUGGACCAUCAAUAUAUCUGAACUCUAACUCACUGCUUUGUUACACCUACGUCUCACUUAUAUUGUCAUUGUAACACACUGACCAAUGGAAAGCAAGAACAAAUAGCAUUAUAAAUAGCAGUUCUUUGCAACAUGAUUAGUAUUUAUUAUAACAGCUGCACAUCCAGUACCUGCAGGGACCCAGUUCAAUGGCAAAUGCCUCUAAAUGGAUCAAUAGCUACAGAACUACUAACAGGACACAUGUAUAUUUUCUACACCAGAAUUAACCCUUUUACUGCACCUUGAUUUGCCCUAAAAGCAAUUUUCAGACAUUCUGCACUUAUUACAGUUGCUUAGAUACAUUUACAAAAAAAACUGACUUGAAAUAUGGCAAUUUCUUUACUCCUUAGGCAGCACCAAUUAAAUAAUAUGAAAGAAAGAGUCUGAUGUUCUUCUGCUUAGGAAAGAUGUGAGAAAGGUUUCUAAU